CCACGUCCGAAACUCACAAAUCUUCAACAUACAAUCUCUAUAGGUCUUUAGUCCAGACACUUCUCCUUCCUCCCAAAUCAUCGUGAUUCCAAGUUUUAGUGAACUCAAGUCCUCCAAAUGAUAAGCAUCAGUCGCCCCUUUUUCGUUGAUCACUUCUUCUCUCACACAGAAAAAUAUCAAUUAUAGUUCAACAUGCUCCAAAAUUUCCCAUUACCCCCAUCACCCUCCCCGCCCCUCACCCAAAAGAUGAUUUCGAAACCUCCUCCUCAUAACAUAAAUCCCGUCUGUCUUCCAAUAGAAGCCCCUCAUGCCUCCAGAACAAGAAUGUAUUAUGUUCAAAAAGUCCACACCCAGAACCUCCCCCACGCGUAUAAAACGAAUUCGGGAUUUUAGUUCACACUAUUCAAAACAGUCAUCAUCAUGUUCCAACAAAAAAGUCCACAACCCCAGACCUGCUCCCAAAUGUCAGGCCGGUUGGACUUUGGUGUCCAGUUCAAAAAUUCUUUUUCCUGCCUUCGUCCAAAAGUAUUGAUGAGCAACAUAGCCUUUGUUGAAAAGAUACAAACAAAAGUGUUUCCCCUUCUCCCCCAACACUCCUCCACAUCAUAUGACC